UGAACAGGUUUUCAAAGUUUAUGAUAAUUUCUUUACGAGACAUUGUACAAUGCGAUCAAAUGAUGUUAAAAACAAACUUCAACCUGGAACUUGUCCAUUGGAUGUCGGUGAAUGCGUGCAAGAAAAUACUAGUUGUGUUCAACAAUGAUAACAAACAAUAACGAAGCAAAAUCACCACAGUCAGUUAUUCACCGGUUGAGCAACAUAUUAAGCAAUUUCUGGCGUCGAUCGAUUCUCAAGAUGCGCUUCCUUUUAACAGCUUAUUUCAUCGCAAAUGUCCUCGCGCUGUUUGCUAUUUUAAUCCACGCCAGACAACAAUCCUGUACCGCCAAUCACUGCGGUGAGAUCAGCAAAGACAUUAAGACGCUUCGAACCGAAGUAAAAAAUCUCGUUGCGCUGGUAAGGGAUGCUUUGCCUCCAAAACUUCCAGUUUGUCCCUUCUCUUCUUGCAAGGAGCAGUACGACAUAGGGAAGUCGAGACGAAGCCAAGUGUAUCCGCUAAUGUUUGGUUCACAAAAGAUUUCUGUUUACUGUCACAUGGGAAACUUUGGAUGUGGUGGUGGAGGAUGGACGCUGGCCAUGAAGAUUGACGGCGCAAAGAGAACCUUUCAUUACAAUUCCCAUUUCUGGCGCAACAGAAAUACAUAUAACCUUGCUGGAGGCAUGACUGGCUUCGAUUUACAGCAGACCAAGUUGCCGACCUACUGGAACACACCCUUCUCCAAGAUCUGCCUCGGUAUGAAGAUUGGUCAUCAGCUCAGAUUCAUUGUCAUCAACAGGCACGCCAACUCACUGUACUCACUGAUCGCUGACGGGAAAUACCGCGCCACCUCACUGGGUCGUAACACAUGGAAGUGGCUGAUUGGCUCACAGGCCUCCUUGCAGCCCUACUGCAACAGGGAAGGAUUUAAUUCCGUCGGUGGAUCUGAUUCCCUUGCAUCCAAAGCAAGGAUCGGAAUUAAUGCCAAUCAACAGCACCACUGUGAUUCUUGUGACUCCAGAAUUGGGUUUGGCACUGGAGGGUGGUACGAUGACUCAAACACCUGUGGCAACGAAGCGUCGCGCUCGGCGGAUAAUGGAAACAAGCACAUCAAAGCUAUGGGGUACAUCCUGGUACAGUGAAAAGGGACAUAGUUUACUUCCCAAACUUUAAGCCGAGAAGCCAUCAUGAAUUAGAGAAAUGUAGUAUGGUAGAGCUAACAGGCUAAUAAAAGAAUGAG